AUGUCACUGGCAUAUACCGCAGAAGAACAAGUAGCCGUCGCUGCUGUGCGCAGGGCGUGCCAACUCACCUCAUCAGUGUUCAACAAGCUCGUCAAGAACGAAACCCUUGUAAAGGGAGAUAAAUCUCCAGUAACCGUGGGAGAUUUCGCUGCUCAGGCUGUCAUCAGCUCGAUUCUGCACCACGCAUUCCCAGCGGAUCCCAUUGUUGGGGAGGAAGAUGCCUCAGAUUUACGGGCCGAGUCUGGCAAGGAGAUGAAAGACCGCAUCGUUGCGCUAGCCAACGAAGCUAUCACGGCCGAACUUGGGCUAGGUGACAAUGCGAACUGGGGUAUUGGCCCAGGUCAGGCCAAGUCGGACACUGAGCUCCUCGAUGCUAUCGAUAGGGGCAACUAUGAGGGUGGACGGAUAGGACGAAUGUGGACAAUUGAUCCUAUUGACGGGACGAAAGGAUUCCUUCGGGGAGAGCAGUACGCCGUAUGCUUGUCUCUCAUCGUCGAUUCAAAGGUGCAAGUUGGAGUCAUCGGGUGCCCAAACCUCCCAGUCGACCCCGCAAACCCAGAGAAAGGCGUGGGAUGCAUUUUUGUUGCAGUUAGAGGCCAAGGUGCCCAACAGUUAACCCUCUCCGGAGCGAACCCCACUCCCCUGACCAUCCCAGCGUCUACUCCAGAGACAUUCAACUUUCUUGAAUCUGUUGAGGCCGCGCACUCCUCUCACUCGUUCAAUGACCGCGUCUCCUCACUUUUGAACAUUACAAGGCCACCUACGCGGAUGGACAGCCAAGCCAAGUAUGGCUGCCUCGCCAGGGGCGAUGGUGGCGCGUACCUGCGCAUGCCUACAGGUGUGGGCUACCGCGAAAAAAUUUGGGAUCAUGCUCCGGGCCAAAUUCUUGUUGAGGAGGCCGGCGGCAUAGUUACCGAUUCGAGGGGAGAGCCAUUGGACUUUGGCCUUGGACGUACUCUCGGCGAAAACUUUGGAGUCGUUGCUGCUGGAAAAGCCGACCAUCCUCGCCUGCUGGCUGCUGUCCAAAAGGCUUUGGGAGAGGCUAAGGCCAAGGCGUAA